AAAUCACAAAUGAUGAAAGCAAGAUGGUGAAAAGAAAAAGUCAUGUUGAUUCAUGCGAAAGCAGCAGUGAACAAAGUUUUCUGCGCCGAUUGAAAUGUCGCAACAGUUUGAGUUGCUCUCAGGAGGUUUGAGGAAACACAAUGCUGCUUCUUUUCUUCACUUUUUGUGCUUUUGCUUUCUUGCAGCCGACAUCUCGGCGGCUCUGACUCAAAGUCUCAUGCGUGGGCGGAUCUUCUCAAAUUGCCGUCCAAGAAUUGCAUAUGCCGAUGGGGCAGGGGCGCAGUUAGGGAUGGAGUGAAGAAGGGAAUAAUCCCCUUAACUUUCUGACUUUAUCUCCACUGUGACCCCUCCCGCACGCAAGCACACAAUUCUACUCCCAUUAAAACAAUCAAAUUCCUUUUUAAGUAACAUGUUUUCUCGACAACAGAAAAAAAAUGCAGAGCAUGCAACCUGAAAACAAGCUAGGUAACAUUAGCGCGCAAAUAAAAUCAACAGAUUGGAAGUGAAGCUUCGUCUGUGUCGCUUCAGGCCUCUUCACAAGGUGACCACUUUCCAUUUUGGCUUUAGAAGCCCUCACUCUCUCUUGGAGGAAGGAGAUAAAGGACAAGCUGGAGAUUGUGCUAAUUCUCUUUUUGCACGCAUCCCUAAUCCGCGCGUCACCUUAAAAGGUGGUCCGGCGCCUUGGGGGGCCGCAGAGCUUUGCUUCAUCGCCACAGAGCCGAUCUUGCUGGCUCGCCCCACAUUUCCGAGACAAACGAAUAUCGCGGACCCUCACCAUGAACGGCACAGAAGGACCCAACUUUUACGUGCCCAUGUCCAACAAGACAGGAGUGGUGCGCAGCCCCUUCGAGCACCCGCAGUACUACCUGGCCGAGCCUUGGAAGUACUCGCUGGUGGCGGCCUACAUGCUCUUCCUCAUCAUCACCACCUUCCCCAUCAACUUUCUCACGCUCUACGUCACGCUCAAGCACAAGAAGCUGAGGACGCCCCUCAACUAUGUCCUGCUCAACCUGGCCGUGGCCGAUCUCUUCAUGGUGCUGGGGGGCUUCACCGUCACGCUCUACACGUCCUUGCAUGGCUACUUCAGCCUGGGUGUGGCCGGCUGCAACAUCGAAGGAUUCUUCGCCACUUUAGGAGGCGAGGUGGCCCUGUGGUCGCUGGUGGUUUUGGCCAUCGAGCGCUACGUGGUGGUGUGCAAACCGAUGAGCAACUUCCGCUUUGGGGAGAAGCACGCCAUCUGCGGGCUGGCCAGCACGUGGAUCAUGGCUUUGACCUGCGCCAUGCCCCCCCUGCUCGGAUGGUCGCGGUACAUCCCGGAGGGAAUGCAGUGUUCGUGCGGCAUCGACUAUUACACGCCCAAACCGGAGCUCAACAACGCCUCGUUUGUCAUCUACAUGUUCGUCCUGCAUUUCCUCAUCCCUCUGGUUAUCAUCUUCUUCUGCUACGGCCGCCUGCUUUGCACCGUCAGAGCGGCGGCGCAACAGCAGCAGGAGUCAGAGAGCACGCAGCGGGCCGAGAAGGAGGUGACCCGCAUGGUGGUUGUCAUGGUGAUUGCUUUUCUGGUGUGCUGGGUACCGUACGCCAGCGUGGCCUGGUACAUCUUUGCCAACCAGGGCGUUCAAUUCGGGCCUGUCUUCAUGACGGCGCCCGCCUUCUUCGCCAAAAGCGCCGCCCUCUACAACCCCAUCAUCUACAUCCUGCUCAACAAGCAGUUCCGCAACUGCAUGAUCACCACCGUGUGCUGCGGCAAGAACCCGUUCGGCGACGAUGACGACGUAGCGAGCUCCACACUCUCCAAAACACAGACUUCGUCCAUUGCCUCCAGUCAGGUGGCCCCCGCUUGAGCUGCGCACCCUGACUCUCUCCUUGACCCCCAUACAAACAAACACACACACACACACACACACACACACACACACACACACAUACCAGUGUCUCAUUUGUCCUAUCUCGGAAGCCACCAUCACAGCUGGUAGCAGCAUAAAUACCCCCCCCCCCCCCCCCCCUUCUCAUUUUUGGGAUGAACCUCCUGACCCGCAUCUCCUUUUGCUGUUGUGCCUGUUUGACACUCUGGAAGCGACGUGGGCGUUUUGGAGCCUUCUCAAGUGCUGCUGCAUGCCAUUCACUGGCCAGCAUGCAAAUGAUGGGUCUGUAGCUAGUAAGCAGCUAAUCACAUCCAAUUCCCCCCCCGCUAUGAAAGAACAAAUCUGACUUUGUAGCUAAUGCCACAAAGGGAAUAGCCAGCUUGUUUAUGCUUUGCAACAAUUCAAAAUGAAGGCCGGGAUUGCUCGCAAAAGGACGUCCUUGGUCUUCAAGCUAGCGGUUCUCAAACAGUCUGGCUCCAGAGAAAAAUCAAAAUAUUUGCUUUGAUUUUCAUUCAAAAAAUGUCACACUUCAAUACAUUUUUAUUACAAUUAUACUAAUAAAGAUAUUUUUAACCAGACAUAUUUAUACUGAAGUGGCACAACUAACAUGUACAUGAUAUCAUUUCAGUUAUCUUAUGUUGUAUGUUUUAUGAAGGUUGAAGUGAUUUUUCAGCAUUAGAGCAGCAAGGAGUGGCGCUGAAGUCUAAAUCUUUUGCUUGACUCUUGCUUAAACCUGGUGGGACUUUCUUCUCACAGACUUUGGACACCAAACGUUGCUUCAAAUUUGAUGGAGUGUCUAUGAAGCAGUCAACCCCCAAAUGUUCUUUAUAAUAAUAUGUUAUAUGUACCCCCCACCAGUCUAAACAUUGCAGUUGCCAGAACCAAUCACGGCUCAGCUUCAGAAAUUUGCUGAACUGUGAUGUCAUUUUUGCUCGGCAGCAAGUGGCAACAUAGCCGCCCCCUGAGAUGGAUAAAAAGGGGGGAAUUUUGUUGCUUAACUCAUAGUCCACAAACAAUAUUAAUCAGAACACUGUGUUUUGACAAUUUGGGUUGCACAGAACAUAUUAUUGCAAAGGAGAUUUUUGGGUUGACUUCUGCUUUAAUAUUUUCAUCUUUGGCCUGGCACAAACUCGAACUAUAGUGUCUUUAUUUCCAGCUUGAAAAAUUGACCUUUUUUCUUCCUUUGGCUGCUUGCGAUGUACGCGCGAGUUGUCCACAUGAUUAAAACAUGACCUGGCACAUAUGUGAUGUCACGCCCCGAAGCAGGAGAAGAAAGCCUCUACACUGUGGCAUUGGCCAACCAUCAUGUACAGUUGUUGCUCACGUGCCUUUUUGUGUUCCAACCACCUUCUUUAUUUUAUUAGUUUGUUGCUCGUUGCCUGUUCAUUGGCCUGCCGCAUGUUUCUCGCUCCUGCAAGCUAAUGGCGAUGGUCUGCUAUUGCCUAUUUCGAAGUAAAGUUCUUCUUCAUCUAAACUGAAGUA